ACCAUGGCAAUAUUGGCAAUAUGGCAUUCGAUCGGAUCGCGAUACGGACGGGACGCGCGAAUCGUCCGCUGCUCCUGCUGUCCUGAAAUUAACGAUGACGCGCGGCUACGUCUACGCGGUGAUGAAAUAGCGAACGUCGUCUACGCGGUGAGGAGACACGUCGGUGGCAGUGAAACCCGGACGCGAGGAUGCCGAUGUCGGCGGGUCGACGCGGUGACUAGAUCCGCCGAGAUGGAGUAGACUUUGCGUACGCGUGAAAACGUAAAUACACCCGUGACGAAGCACCCGUCUCGAGAACAUCAAGGUCGGUGCGCGGUCUCUUCCUCGUCGCCGAGUCGAGAGGUAAGAGAAGGCGCCUGACACCGUCGUCGAUUAUCCGACGAAUCUCGGCAAGCAGAGCAAGAAAUAAAAAUGGAGGAGAAACACGGCAGUAGAGAUGCGCUAGAGGAGGACCUGGUAGACACUGAAAACAUAAUAAUUAACGAAGUGGAUGGCCUACCAAACCUGCAUCCAAACUACGGACAGCUAGAACUCAAAUUCAAGAGAGAAAGAGACGACUCAAAUAUUAGAUCGAUCGACGAGUUGGUUAACGACGAGGAUCUACCGACUUCUGUAAUCGUUACAAACGUAGACCCUCGAGUUUUUAGGUGCGACGAUCUGAAGUCGGCCAUAGAGAAUCUUUUCAAACAGUUUGGAGAGGACGCUACGUUUCAAUACUUUAGAUCUUUCAGAAGAAUGAGGGUAAACUACGAUUCUCCCGGUGCUGCGGCAAACGCGAGGAUACAGCUGCAUCAAUCGCAUUUUGGAGAAACCGAUAUUAAUUGUUACUUUGCGCAACCAGUGACGCCUAUAGACAUGGAGGAUCAGCAUCUUCAACCGCCCGCGCUUACCAAACAGUUCCUCAUAUCUCCUCCUGCUUCUCCGCCGGUCGGUUGGCAUCCACGUGAGGAAGGAGAGCCGCUCGUUAAUUACGAUCUGUUAGCCGCUAUAGCCAAUUUAUCCGCAGGCGGGACACACGAGAUACAUCCAGGAGGGUCGGGGCAGCCGGGCAUAGUUGUGCACGUUUGCGAGAACGCGAAUCCGACGAAAAGUACGACUCGCAUUCAACACACGCGAUGUCCCGAACAGUAAUUCCCUCUCUUUAAUUCCCGCGUCUCGGAUUUCUCACACGAUACGUUUUUAUGCCCUGUUAAAAAGCCAGAUACGAAUUGGCAAAAGGGCACUCUAGCGAGUGACUUCAAAUUAGUGUUAAAUUGGAGUUGCAAUUCAAAACUGAUUGCGCGGCUAAUAUCCAAUUGACGAAAGUAAUAUGUUGUGAAAAAAUUACAGCUCGAUAUACGGUACAGAUAACGGCGCGAUGUCUGGUAUUUAGCAAGCUUCCCGCGGAUAGCAGUGAUCUAUAAAUACUAACAAUCUAUAUAUAAAUAUCCGUUGUUAUAUACCGAUCAAGAUAUAACAUUUAUUUGCGUUUAUCCAUUGAGAAUUCGUGAAGGGUAUGGUUGCGCUCCAUUUCUUAAAAUCUACAUGGUUCAUGUUUGGCCUAUAUUGUUUCUACGUUUCACUCAGUGUUAAUAAUUGCAUAUCGUGAGGAAUUACGUCCGAUCUGAUUAAGCUAACGAUUAAUGCGUCGACGACAAAAAUCGUUGGAAAUGUAUUAUGAGAUUUUGCAAUUCUACCUCUCAUUGUCAAUGUGUUACUUGUAUUCUUAAACAGCACGUAAUGCAUAACAAUCUUGUUGUAAAUCCACGAAUGAUACUAUAUACUUAGAAUAAUCGAUGAAAUCAAAAAGUUCAAGUUUGUCAGUUUUCUUUCGUUAUUUAUUUUCAUAUAUUUCUCUUUCCGUUUUAAGAACGCUUUCAAAAUUAUAUCUAUCAAAUCUCUGGUUUUGUGUUUUGCGUGCAUGCGAGAAGAAAUCUACGGAAAUAUAUGGCAUUAAUAUGUAUGUGAUAUGUAUGUGUAUACGAAUGUAUUAUUAGAAAAAUAUCGUGUGGCUCUUCGUUCUGUGUUUUCCGUAGAAAGCUAGCUCACAUUAGCUAUAAACGUUAAAUGCUAUCCUAAAGCUAAUAUCUCUAUGGUCUCUUGUUAAUGAAGUUUACGAAAACUCAUUGUUAUUAUUCUGGUCUUGAAGAGAAUCAAGUUAGUAAAGAAAUAAGCUAGAGGAGAUAUCGAGAUGUACGUGGUCAUAUCAGCGUUACUGAUUUAUGCCGAGGCAGUGUGGUGAUUGUGUAUAUGUAUAUAUUGUUCUGUACGCGAAACGUAUAUAUUUCCUGCAAGAGAUCUGAUACCUACAAAUAAUUGUUGAAUAUUUAUAAAUACUUUAUAGCAGCACUUACUUUUGUAUAGUGUGGUUACCGUUUACAUUGUCCCGGCGAUGAAAUGGUGUAAAUCCGUUUCGUCUCAUUUAGUUUCUUUCUUUAUCGAACAAAUUCCGAACAUCUUAAAUACAAAUAAUGCGAAUAAUUAUUACACUAGAGAAAAUA